ACCAAUUACGCAGGUUAUUUUAGCAUAGAACUUUUCUGGUUGAAAACCCUAACCUCCUCUUCUUUUGUUGUAGUAGCAGCUCCCAUGAAUUCCAUUGUAUGCUGCAAACUCUUUUCUAUUCACCCAUUUUUUUCUCGCAAUGUUUUCAAAACAGAAGCUUAUUCGCAGGCCCUCUUUUCACAAUUUGCCUCCACCAAACUUAACCUCUCUGAGACCGACAUCACUCGGAUGCUCAAGUUGCAACCCCGAUUGCAGAACCUUCGAACCCUCCAUAAUGUAGAGCAGUACAUUCAUUCGUUGAAGAAGCAUGGCUGCACUGAAGUCGAAAUUGCCAAAAUGAUGAAGACAAAGCCCCAGCUUAUCGGAAUUCUAGAAAGAACAUUGGAACCUAAGCUCCAGCUACUGGAAGAUUUCGGUUUUGUGGAUCGAAACCUGGCCAAACUUUUGACAAGAAAUCCAUACAUUUUGGGCUAUAGCCUCACUAACAACCUUCUUCCCAAGAUGGAGUUUCUGAAGGAUGUAUUUCAGUCCCAGGAUUUGCUCGUUAAAGCCCUGUUAAGAGCACCAAGACUUCUCAGUUCUAGCUUGGAAAAGACCCUGAAGCCCUCGCUUGCUUUCUGGGAAGGAUGGGGUUUUCGUGGGGAGGCACUCGUUAGCUUCUUACAGGUAUAGUGGCUACGCGCCGCACGAAAACGUUAGAGGCGAAGAUUGAGCAUCUCAAACUCUGCGGGCUCUCGGCUGAAGAAACCUGGCAAGUACUUCGAGCUGUCCCUCUAGUUUGGUAUUUCUCAAGGAAAAAUGUUAGUGAAAAGAUUAACUUUCUAGCUAAUAACAUGGAGCUCCCUGUACAUUAUGUAGUGAAGCAUCCUUGGUUGUUGCUAAUCAGUUUGAAAAAGACUAUGAGACCCAGGUUUAUGGUUUGGCAGAAAAUCAAUUCCAUCAAUAGCUCUGAGCUUCGCCUUUUGACUUUAUUGAAGAUGACACAGACUAGUUUUGUUGAUAAAAUUAUAAAAGGGCAUCCUGAAUCUAAAAUGCUGUGGACAAUUUAUGAAAAUGCUAUCUCUCACGCCUCCAACCGCACAAAGAGUUUAACAAAAAAAAAAUUUGAUAGAGAAAGUGAGAGCCAGGUGAUCUGGUGAUCUAGUGGUAACAUUUUCAACAACAGGAGCUAUGUUGAUAUGCCCUCUGCUCUGCGUUCUGUGUCUAGUUGCUUUACAGUGGACUUGUCAAUUUCGAGCCAGAACAGCGGACUUGUCAAUUUACAGUGGAAGUUCAUCAGCAAUUGGACAAUAUUAGAAAACUUUUAGUUGGAAGUUUAAUAAAUGGUUUUAAGCAGAGUCUUGGGACUGACACUGACCAGGUCCAUUUCAAGCUCUGGCUCGAAAUUGAAAUUGUAUUACAAGAUGAAAUGGAUUUUUAUUGUUUCCAAUUUAGAAUAACAUCAAUGACAUGGAUGAAAACUGCAAAUCCUCUCAAAAUUCUGAAAUAAUCUGCAAAUUUUUAAAUUUCAAUGGACUAGUUGUUGUGUUA